AGCAGGUAUUCAUUAGAAUGGAACUAAUAAGGAUAUAAAAAUCUUAAUACAUGAAUACACGAAUUUUUACUCGUUACUCUUUAUUCCUAUCAAAUUAUUCUUAAUCAUUCCUACAAGAUAUCUCCCAUAUUGCAGAUGGAACAACGAAUAUAGAAUCAUUGCGAAUUGAGGCUGAGUGCUAAACAGAACUUGGCCAAGAUUGACUAAAAUCAAGCAACCUCGGAAGUCUUCAAGCGCUGUCUCCCAGAUUGUAUUUCCUCUCCUGGGACAGUAAAGAUUCUCCAAACCUGCUUUCAAACACUCUUAGAAGUACCCGUUGUACGAUGUCUCCACUACGACUCACCAUCGAAAAUGGCCGUUUCCGGGAUUCUCAUGGCCGUGAAAUUACUCUUCGUGGAAUAAAUCUGGCUGGUGACGCCAAGUAUCCCAGCAAGCCUGAUCAGCCUUCGCAUAUCCUCGAGGACUUCUAUAAUGGAGAUCAUGUCGACUUCCAUUCGCGCCCAUUUUCCCAAGAAGACGCACAUAUUCAUUUCUCGCGAUUAAAGCGUUGGGGUUACAAUACGAUACGAUAUGUUUUCACAUGGGAGGCAAUAGAAUCAGCAGGGCCCGGCAUAUAUGAUGAAGAAUGGAUUCAGCAUACCAUUGAGAUUCUGCGGUUAGCAAAAAGUUAUGGCUUCUAUAUUUUCAUGGAUCCUCACCAGGACGUCGUAAGUUUAAAUCCUUCUGAGGAGAUCUUAUAAGACUAAUAAAGUAGUGGUCAAGGUUUUCGGGCGGAUCAGGCGCUCCAAUGUGGACUCUCUAUGCUUGCGGGCUUGAUCCUGAAAAAUUCGCGGUAACAGAAGCUGCAGUCGUGCACAAUACAUAUCCGGAUCCUGAAAACUUCCCAAAGAUGAUUUGGUCUACAAAUUAUACUCGCUUGGCAUGUCAGACAAUAUUUACUUUCUUCUUCGCUGGUCGGGACUUUGCGCCAAAAUGUAUCAUUGAUGGUAAGAACAUUCAGGACUAUCUUCAAGACCACUUCGUAAAUGCUUGCGCACAUCUUGCAAAACGAGUACAUGAAGCAGGAGAUCUCGAGAAUGAAGUAGUAAUUGGCUGGGAAAGUAUGAAUGAGCCUAACCGGGGGCUUGUGGGCUGGGCAGAUAUUUCUACCAUACCGAGCGAGCAGAAAUUACAGAAAGGAACAUCUCCGACUGCAUUUCAAGCCAUGUUGACUGGAUCUGGAAGAGCAUGUGAAAUAAGUACUUGGGAUUUUGGAGGGAUGGGACCAUACAAAUCUGGUCAGGUUCUUGUUGAUCCCGAAGGAGAGACAGCAUGGUUACCAUCAGACUACGAUGAGUCGAGAUAUGGUUACAAGCGAGACCCUGGUUGGAAGCUGGGAGAGUGUAUCUGGGCUCAGCAUGGCGUAUGGGAUCCAUCAACAGAUAGUCUAUUGAAGAAGGAUUAUUUUAAGAAGAACCCAAGGACAAAGAAAGACAUCAGCUAUGAAGAGUUCACAAACUCAUAUUAUAUGGAUUACUAUAGAAAACACCGAGACGCUAUCAGAGCUCACCACAAGGACUCAAUUUUAUUUUGUCAGCCACCGGUAUUGGAAAUACCCCCAUCAAUCAAGGGUACAAAGGAUGACGAUCCUCUCAUGGUCUAUGCGCCUCAUUACUAUGAUGGAGUCACUCUUAUGACCAAAAAGUGGAAUCGUUUCUGGAAUGUUGAUGUUUUUGGCAUCUUGCGAGGCCGAUAUCUCAGUCCCGCAUUUGCUAUAAAGCUAGGAGAGACAGCAAUCAGGAAUUGUUUCCGAGAUCAACUUGCAGCUAUUAAGAAAGAGGGUGAAGACUAUAUGGGAAAUCACCCAUGUGUCUUGACAGAAUUUGGUAUUCCUUACGACAUGGAUGAUAAAUAUGCUUACAAAACUGGUGAUUAUUCUAGUCAAUCAGGGGCCAUGGAUGCAAAUCACUUUGCCGUAGAAGGGAGUGCCAUGGCAGGAUAUACUCUUUGGCUCUAUAUGUGCGAGGCAAGUGACUAGGGUUCUCUCAAUUUGAUUUCUACUAAUGAUUUUUAGAACAAACAUUCUCUUGGCGACCAAUGGAAUGGCGAGGAUCUUUCAAUUUUUUCCCUUGAUGAUUUACCACUACCACUCGAAGCCAACCCUCCGACGCCCAGCGAAUCAAGCUCAUCACUGGUGGACCACGAAGCUGGACCCAAUACUAAAAAACAAAACUCAGACGAGUCCACAGUAAAUCCAGGUAAUUUAAAAGCCGCAUUGAAAACCCCCUCAAUUUCAUCGAAGCAAACUGAUAGCCCUCCUGAACUCACCAAUUCCCCUGGUUACCGAGCGGCCGAAGCCUACGUUCGUCCGUCCCCCAUUGCAACCGUUGGCAAGAUUCUCAAUUACGGAUUCGAUCUUCGAAAUUGUAUCUUCACAUUUCGACUCCACGCCGGCGAAGCAGCAUCCGAAGAGGCACCAACGGAAAUAUCUCUCCCCGAAUUCCAUUUCCCGAAGGAUAAAUGUGAGGUGGAAGUUAGUGCGGGGAAAUGGACAAUUAGUACAGAUGACGAGGAUGGUGGGGUGAUUCAGAGACUUAGAUGGUGGCAUGCGGAGGGUGAACAAUCUAUUAAAAUUACCGGGGUCAUGAGACGACAGAAUAUGAAGUUGGGGAAAGCAGAGGAAGAAGGUUAUUAUGAACAGUGUCAGCAGACUAAGAGUUGUCAGUUGAUGUGAUAAAUGAUUGGCAUACACGAAGAUUACUUGUGGGCUUUUUGAGCAUUGUUGGGCGUCUGGGGUGGAAAGGACGAGAGGUGAGGAAUUGAUAACUUGGAUGAGCAAUGAAUUGUAUUAAGGAUUGAAAGGUCUGUAUAUAGGUAUUAUUAGUCCUAUAACAUUGAUAUCAAGAUUUUUUAUGAAUUUACAAAAGCAUGAUAGAGACUUAAUU